UCUCAUUCCAUUAAAAUUUAUUGAAGGAAUAUCCUUCUACCGUGCUCUCUGGAUCCGUUAAGGAAACCAAAGCAUGGUCGGCGCUGUCUGCACGAAAACUUCACCUUCAUCAACACAGCCAAGCAAGUUCUCCAUUAAGGAUUCGCUCUCUCCUCCCACUUUCUGCACAAGUUUGUGAGCCUGAGGAGUAACCUGGUUAUAGGUUAAUCAGCUGUUGCGAUGGCUAAUCUGCUCUCUACCUCUUGUUUGAAUACUUAUUUAUACCCUAAAAUUCACCACAGGCUAUCAAAGAAAGGAAGGGUUACUAUCCCUAACAAAUCCUUUCAGCUGAAAACCUUAGACUCACCAAAAGAGCUCAUCUCGAGAAGGAAAUGGUCGAAAAGAAACACCAUCAAUGCUAAGGCUGUUUCGGUGGGUCAAGAAAGAAAAACUGAUAUGGCUUCCGGAGUUGACCAAACCACUAAUAGAAGAAAAGUCAUGGUUAUUGGUGGUGAUGGCUAUUGUGGAUGGGCCACUGCUCUCCACCUAUCCAACAAAAACUAUGAGGUUUGUAUUGUAGACAACCUAGUUCGUCGCCUUUUUGACAACCAGCUUGGGCUUAACUCUCUCACCCCGAUUUCAUCUAUCCACAAUCGAAUUAGCCGUUGGAAAUCACUUACAGGAAAAGAUAUCCAACUCUUUAUUGGUGACAUUUGUGAUUUUGAGUUCUUGGCAGAAGCAGUCAAAUCUUUUGAACCAGAUGCCAUAGUUCAUUUUGGGGAACAAAGGUCCGCUCCUUAUUCAAUGAUUGACAGGUCGAGAGCUGUUUUCACUCAACAUAAUAAUGUGAUUGGGACACUUAAUGUCCUGUUUGCCAUAAAGGAGUUCAGUGAAGAGUGUCAUCUGGUGAAACUCGGGACAAUGGGCGAAUAUGGUACCCCAAACAUAGACAUUGAAGAGGGUUACAUAACAAUCACACACAAUGGAAGAACCGAUACCCUUCCAUAUCCCAAACAAGCGAGCUCCUUUUAUCAUUUAAGCAAGGUCCAUGAUUCCCAUAAUAUUGCAUUCGCUUGCAAGGCAUGGGGUAUAAGAGCCACUGAUUUAAACCAGGGAGUUGUGUAUGGGGUUAGAACAAAUGAGACUGGAAUGCACGAGGAAUUGGUUAAUCGAUUUGAUUAUGACGGAGUGUUUGGGACUGCCUUGAAUCGUUUCUGUGUUCAGGCUGCUGUUGGUCACCCUCUCACUGUCUAUGGUAAAGGAGGACAGACGAGAGGAUACCUGGACAUUAGAGAUACAGUGCAGUGUGUUGAGCUGGCAAUUGCAAAUCCUGCGAAGCAAGGAGAAUUUCGGGUUUUUAAUCAGUUCACCGAGCAGUAUUCUGUCAACCAGCUCGCUUCCCUGGUAACCAAGGCUGGAGAGAAACUCGGGCUUGAGGUGAAAAGUGUGUCCGUCCCCAACCCGCGGGUAGAGGCAGAGGAACAUUAUUACAACGCCAAACACACCAAACUUAUUGAGUUGGGUCUGCAACCCCACCUUCUGUCGGACUCUCUCAUCGACUCGCUUUUGAAUUUCGCCAUCCAAUUCAAAGACUGUGUUGACACAAAGCAGAUAAUGCCCAGUGUUUCCUGGAGAAAUGCUGUGGUGAAGCCGAAAAUGGUUGUGGUGUAAAUCUAGUAACUGCUUUUCGUCCAUUUAUUUUAACAAUAAGACCAUAGCUAAGAUUAUGUGACAUUUGUAGCAGGCUUCUGUAGUGAUUUGAUGAGAUCUAGUUUUUAAGAGUCUUUUAUACAUACAGGAAGAUCUAGUUUAUACAAUAAGAGUCAUGCGUUUAUUAUAUACAUACAUCAAUGAAAUAAGAUCUAGUUUUUAAGAGUCUUUUAUAAGACGAUAAA